AUGAUUUUUGGCUAUGACCUCAAAGGAAAAGGCAACCAGAUCCCAGACAGACAAAUGCGAGUAUACCAAUUGACUUGGUCUGCCAAUAGUAGUUCUGACAUCGAGUCCCGCUUGGUAUUGGCAUCAGCUGAUGGUCUUUUACACCUUAGGUUUCAGCUUUCUCAGUUCUUGAUGGGAAUUGCUUUGGGGCUGCUAAUUUGUGGAGCGAAUCCUUGGAAGCAGCCCCAGGUGGAUUCAGGCUGGUUCCUCUCCCCACUAGACCCAGGGGGCAUUCUGCCCUCUAACCAGUCCUGUCUGUCCCAAGGUAGUCCUGGUGACCUGGGGCUGGCACACAGACAGACUGCAUGCGAUGGAGUGGUGCAGGUCCGACGUGAUGGGGAGUGGGGACACUUGUGCAACCAGGAGUGGACACUGGCGGAGGCCUCUGUGGUCUGCAGGCAGCUUGGCUGUGGCUGUGCAGUUGGUGCUCCCAAGUAUGUCCCGCUACCAGGAGAGGUGGCUCGGCCCUGGCUGCACAACGUGUCCUGUCGGGGUCAUGAGUCCUCCCUCUGGGAGUGCAGCCUGGGCGCUUGGAGUCAGAGCGCAUGCCCCCAUGAGUGGGUGGUGGUUGUACUCUGUGCAAAUGGCACUUUCCGGGAGAUCCGCCUGGUGAAGGGUCACAGUCCCUGUGCAGGACUCCCUGAGAUCAGGAAUGUGAAUGGGGUGGACCGCCUCUGUGGCUUGCACACGGAGGAGGCCACAGCAUUCUGCCAGGAGCUGGGGUGUGGCCCUGCGCUCCAGGCCCCCUGCCAAGGUGUGGACAUCGUCAGGAAGUACAUGGUUUGCAGGGGCACAGAGCCCACCAUCCGCAACUGCAGACUCAACAACAACCUGCGCAGUGGCUGUGACCUCCAGCUGGAUGCAGAGGUGGUCUGCUCAGGACACAUAGAGGCCCGGCUGGUGGGCGGUGAGCAUCCCUGUGCUGGGCGCCUGGAGGUUGGGCGGGGCCUGACCUGGGGCACUGUCUGCCUCAUGGACCUGGAUCUGCCCACAGCCCACGUGGUGUGCCGGGAGCUGCAGUGUGGGUUGGUCAUCUCCGUCGUCCACGGCACCCUCUUUGGCCAAGGCUCAGGGCCAGUGUGGACAGAGGCCUCCCACUGCCUGGGCAAUGAGUCCCUGCUGUUCCACUGCCAGAGCGAGCACCAUGGGCACCAGUGCACGCAUGACCAGGACCUGGGGCUCAGGUGCUCAGAGUUCCGGCCGGUCAAUGGCAGCAGCAGCUGUGGGGGCCGCGUGGAGCUCCAGGUGCAGGGGUCCUGGGCGCCCCUCUGCGCCUGGCACUGGGACUUAGCAGAUACGACCGUCCUCUGCCACCAGCUGAACUGUGGCAACGCUGUGGCCACACCUCCAGGAGGCCACUUUGGGGAAGGAGGAGCUCCCCUGUGGCCAGAUGUGUUUCACUGUGUGGGGACAGAGCUUUAUUUGUGGAAUUGCCCAGUGAGCACGCUGGGGGCCCAGGCCUGUGCCCCAGGAAAUUCAGCCUCUGCCCUCUGUUCAGGUCUCCGAGACGCCUUACGUCUGAGGGGCGGUCAGAGCCGUUGUGAUGGCCGGGUGGAGAUGGCCCUGGACGGCAUGUGGCGCCGUGUCCUGGGCAACGCCUGGGACCUGCGGGCCGCCAGCGUGGUGUGCCGGCAGCUGGGGUGCGCAGGGGCAGCGCGAGCCUACGACGCGCCCACCCCUGGCCGUGGUGUGGUCCGGGUAUGGUUGAGCCGUGUGCGCUGCGUGGGCUCCGAGACCCACCUGACCCCAUGCAACGUGUCCACGUCCCAGCUGGUGCCCGCAGGGGUUUCACGGGACGUUGGCGUCGUGUGCUCUGGGAGCCUCCGGGUACGGCUGGCCGCUGGGCUGGGUCGCUGGGAGAUGCUCCAGGGAGGGGAGUGGGGCACCGUGUGCGAUGAUGCCUGGGACCUACAGGACGCGCAUGUGGUCUGCAGGCAGCUGGGCUGUGGCCACGCCCUGAGUGCGCUGGGGUCCGCCCACUUUGGGGUUGGGGCUGGCCCCAUCUAGAUGGACGAACUGGCCUGUGUGGGCCAUGAGUCUGCUCUGUGGCAGUGCCCGUCUGGGGGCUGGGGACGGCAUGACUGUGGGCACAAGGAGGACGCUGGGGUCUUCUGCUCAGAAUCUAUGGCUCUGAGGCUUCGAGGAGGUCCUGGUGGCUGUGCUGGCUGGCUGGACGUGCUCUACAAUGGGACAUGGGGUUCUGUGUGCAGCAAUGCCCUCAAAGACAUCUCCUUGACUAUCACCUGCAAACAGCUGGGGUGCGGGGAUCAGGGCUGGCUGGAGAACAAGCCAUUCCAAGGGGCAGGUUCCAGCACCGCCUGGGUAGACGACAUCGAGUGCCGCAGGCUACCCAGCUCCACUCUGUGGCACUGUCCUUCUGCUCUCUGGGACCCACGCUCCUGUGUCCUGGGAGAAGAGGCCUGGAUUACCUGUGCAGGAUUUUCACCAACAAUGGCACAGGCUUCAGGAGAGAUGCUCAACUGCUCAUCCGUGCUCAGUUGCCCAGAGGAGGGUGCAGUGUGCGUGCGUGGCGGCAAGGACGGAUGCUCUGGGCGCGUGGAGCUCUGGCACAGGGGCUCCUGGGGCACCGUGUGUGAUGACUCCUGGGACCUGGCAGAAGCAGAGGUUGUGUGCCGCCAGCUGGGCUGCGGCCAGGCAGUGGACGCCGUGCCGGGCGCUGCCUUUGGCCCUGGCUCGGGGCCCGUGUGGCUGGAUGAGGUGGGGUGUCGUGGCAGUGAGGCGUCCCUGUGGGGCUGCCCGGCUGAGCCGUGGGGACGCGGAGACUGUGAGCACAAGGAGGACGCAGGUGUGCACUGCUCAGGUGUCCCUGGGACCACUGCAUCUGCCCUUUCCCUGGCCCCUCCACCUGUUGCUGAGGGCUGGACCUUGCCUGAAAUCGCCUGCCUGGUCCUUGGCUUUGUCCUGGGCCUCGUCUUCCUGGUGCUAGGUGUCCAGUGGUGCCACAGCAGUGCUGCCUGCAUGGGUUCUGGACUGUCGGGGAACCAGGCCUCAGAGGGCGUCUAUGAGGACAUCGAAGCUGUCCCUGUGAGGGAGAAGGAUGAAGUGUCCCCAGAAUCCAGGGGGCCCAUGCAGGAGGAAGAUUAUGAUGAUGCGGCAGAGCCUGAGGAGGGCCACCAUGAUGAGGGGGAGGAGUCUGGGGCCUUGCUGAGCCCCACAGAGACUGGGUUUCUGCUCCAGCGAGUGGACAUCCUGGAGCUGCUGGAUGGGAAAUCAAGCAUGAUCUCAGGCGGAGCCAGCAGGAGCCCCCUGGAGCUCCACCUCCUCCAGCGCCUGGGGCCAUGCUCCUCUCAGCAGCUCUCCAGUGCCUGUGUGAUGGCACCCUGA